AUGGAGAGAAGACGUUCUGAACCCGAGGAGCCGGGCAGGCCAGUAACUGUGCUCUUGCUGCCUCAGGGCUACAUCGCUUCCCGGGUGCUCUCCCGAAGAGCCUGCUACAUCCUGAAGAUGGACCAUAAGGCCAUCCCCGCUCUGGACGAACUAAAACGAUACAUCUACGAGAAACAGGCUAUGAAGAACAUGUACUCUGACAAAUACCUCUGGGUCAAGUACAACCCACUGCAGUCUCUGAUCAUGCACAUAGACUGGUUCCUGUUCGGCUCACCCAUCAGGCAGCUCUGCAGUCAUGUUCCCCUGUACAAGGGGGAAGUGGUUGACAAGAUAUGUGAGUACCAGGAAAUUAUUCCUUCACCAAAUGUUUUCUGA